CUGGAGUGAAUGACUUCCCCCUCGGUGGGGUCGGAGCCGUGCUCCCCGCGACCCCCCGGAUCCCACGGUCGCGCCGCGCCAGCCUCCGAGGCCGCCAGCGCGAGCGUCCCACCCGCGCCCGGGACCAUGGCCACCGACUCGUGGGCCCUGGCAGUGGACGAGCAGGAAGCGGCGGCCGAGUCGUUGAGCAACUUGCAUCUUAAGGAAGAGAAAAUCAAACCAGAUGCCAAUGGUGCUGUUGUCAAGACCAAUGCUAAUGCAGAGAAGGCAGAUGAAGAAGAGAAAGAGGACAGAGCUGCCCAGUCCUUACUCAACAAGCUGAUCAGAAGCAACCUUGUCGAUAACACAAACCAAGUGGAAGUCCUGCAGCGGGAUCCAAAUUCCCCCCUCUACUCGGUGAAGUCUUUUGAAGAGCUUCGGCUGAAACCACAGCUUCUCCAGGGAGUCUAUGCCAUGGGUUUCAACCGUCCAUCCAAGAUACAAGAGAACGCAUUGCCUUUGAUGCUUGCUGAACCCCCACAGAACUUAAUUGCCCAGUCUCAGUCUGGUACUGGUAAAACAGCUGCCUUUGUAUUGGCCAUGCUCAGCCAAGUAGAACCUGCAAACAGAUAUCCUCAGUGUCUGUGCCUCUCCCCAACAUAUGAGCUCGCCCUUCAAACAGGAAAAGUGAUUGAACAGAUGGGCAAAUUUUACCCUGAACUGAAGCUAGCUUAUGCUGUUCGAGGCAAUAAAUUGGAAAGAGGUCAGAAGAUCAGUGAGCAGAUUGUCAUUGGCACACCUGGGACUGUCCUGGACUGGUGCUCUAAGCUCAAGUUCAUUGACCCCAGAAAGAUCAAGGUGUUUGUCCUGGAUGAGGCUGACGUAAUGAUAGCUACCCAGGGCCAUCAAGAUCAGAGCAUCCGCAUCCAGAGGAUGCUGCCCAGGAACUGCCAGAUGCUGCUUUUCUCUGCCACCUUUGAAGAUUCUGUGUGGAAGUUUGCCCAGAAAGUGGUCCCAGACCCAAACGUUAUCAAACUGAAGCGCGAGGAGGAGACAUUGGACACCAUCAAGCAGUAUUACGUCCUUUGCAAUAACAGAGACGAGAAGUUCCAGGCCUUAUGUAACCUGUACGGGGCCAUCACCAUUGCUCAAGCCAUGAUCUUCUGCCAUACCCGCAAAACAGCUAGUUGGCUGGCAGCAGAGCUCUCAAAAGAGGGCCACCAGGUGGCUCUGCUGAGUGGUGAAAUGAUGGUGGAGCAGAGGGCUGCGGUGAUUGAGCGCUUCCGAGAGGGCAAAGAGAAGGUCCUGGUGACCACCAACGUGUGUGCCCGAGGUAUCGAUGUUGAACAAGUAUCUGUUGUCAUCAACUUUGAUCUUCCCGUGGACAAGGAUGGGAACCCAGACAACGAGACCUACCUGCACCGGAUCGGGCGCACCGGCCGCUUUGGCAAGAGGGGCCUGGCAGUGAACAUGGUUGACAGCAAGCACAGCAUGAACGUCCUGAACAGAAUCCAGGAGCAUUUUAAUAAGAAAAUAGAAAGAUUGGACACGGAUGAUUUGGAUGAGAUUGAGAAAAUAGCCAACUGAGAAGUGGCACCAUCACUGGUGCCCACCCUUGGCACUGCCCUAUGCGGGAGACCAAUGCUUUCACGGCCUAGGCCUCGACAGUCACCACAAAGACAAAGACAUGAGAAGCAAGAAACUACCUACCUCAUUUUAAAUUAUAUUUGGACUUGACAAAAAUUUAUGCAAAUGAUGGGGGAUGGUAGGAAAAAAAUUGUUUACAUACCUUUGGAAGAUCAGAUGUGAAUACAUAGAAAUUUACCUUUUGGAAAUUUCGUCCUUUUUUUUGCCUGUGUGUUCCCCAUCAUUAUGCUAAUCUAGAUGCUUUAGCUAAUUAUUUGCCCAGGAUCCCCUGUGGCAGCCCCUUGCUGUUCUCUAGCUUGGAGUGUCCGUGCCAGCCUCCAGCCCGUAUAGAGGUGAAGAGAGAACAUGGAGAGAGAAGCUUCAAGUAGGUUAGGUGUGUAAGCCCAGCCAUCAUGUUUGAAGUAUGGCAUGAGGCAGCAGAGGAGGCCUAUGAUCUGCUGCUUUGGACUCGGGGUAUGACAGCUCAACUGAGGGUGGCCAACCCCCUCUGUCCUAAUGCUCCCAGCAGGAAGGAAUUCGCUAAGCCUGGACCAAAAUGCCAAGCUCUGGGACCUUUGUAUGCAGGUUUGUGUAAGAGGACCAUGACCUGUUCCCAGCAGGUCCAAUCUGUGUAUAGUACAUACCUGAUUAUUGGUGGCUCCUUUGCUUGUGCUUGAGUGAGUCUUGUGAAGAAGUCAUCAUGAAAAAUUAGUGGCGACCCUCGUUUACCACAGCAUCUGGUCUCUUGGGGCCUUGCAGCAUGUUUUUCACGUCCCUAACGUCACCUUGAACCCUUAGUAUCCCCAAGCAAAUAAAAGGUGAUCUGAGGUUUAAAUCCUCAGUGAAAAUUGUGGUUUCAAGGUUCUGAUGGUCACCCUCAAGGCAGCUCCAGAUGUGGUCAGCAGUAGUCACAAAUUCUUGCUUUCUCUCCAGAUUACAGAAGGCAAGUUUUGUCAGAGCUGGGGAAUGAUUUCAGAUAUUUGGCAUCUUGAUUUCGAAGGGAUUCUGAACGUCUAUGUUCACGGUGCUUGGAAUACAAACAGGUACAACUGAGGGACUAGAUGGACUUCAGCCAUUCAUCUGUCCAAAGCAAAAGUAAUUGCGAAGGCCUCCGCUCCAUCUUUACUUGGCAUGUUUGUGCAAUAUAGUCAGAAUAAGUAACAGUAAUGGAUACUUCCUCAUACCUGGCAAGGCUGUUGGUACCCACAGAGUGAAAGAGCAAAGAUGAGAUGAAACUGAAUUGCAAGAGCAAUAUGAAACCCCAGCCAAAAGGAGUCCUCUUUCUUCAGCUCUUUGGCCUUGAUACAGAGUCGCCACUUUAUCUAGGACCUGGAAGAGGAAUUUUAUGUGAUGAGAACUAUUUUAAUUCCAGAUCUUCCUUGUAGGCAUUUCUGUGUUUUAGAACCAGAUCUGUUCCCUGGGAAGGAAUGGGGCCAAUGUCAACCUCCAGGUGGUUUCCUUAAUGUGAUAUUACAGAGAGACCAGCAGACUUCCAAUUCUGCCACACUCUCCCAGUGCAUGUUUGACUGUACAAAAUCUUCUUUAUGCUUCUGGUCAACUGACCAAUCUUGGGAUUCUUAUAAGGAGAGAAGAAAUUUUAUGCUUCCCCUGAAGUUCUGUGGACCAGCCCUGAAAUAACUAAAAACAAGGGCAAUAAUUAAAGAAGUAUAGUCUCAUCACUAGGCUGCAAGCGGACUACAGCCCCUCCUUUUCCUCACAACACACAUACCUGUCUACUGUUGUAGCCAAAGUGUGAGAAGGGAAUUGGGAAGGGGUGUGCUGCAGACUCUUCCGUAGUAGGAGAAAAUGGGUAUCUGGUAGAAGUGUAGAUCAACAGUUCUUCACGUCAAUCUGGGGUAUUGAACCUCUAAGAAUUCACUGGAUAGGUUUCAUGGAGUCUAAGAAUUAUAUGCAGUAGUUCGAAUUUAAAUGCAUUUACCUGGGGAGACUCCCAGAGGAGUGUGUCUUUUCAAAGAUAAGACGCACUGUUGUGGAUGGCUCUGGAAUGUCACCCCAGUGUCACUGCAGUCCAUAUUUCUUCACAGUCCAUAUUCAUUACUGCCAGUGCCUGGCUCCCAGGGCUUGAUGGUUCACAGCUGCCUUGUGCAGGCUAGAGAUGUCAGUGAUGUAAAAAUAUAUUGAGCUUGGUGAGCUUCGGUCCCCAUGGAUUCUUUAACUGAUUUUAGUAAGUUCCUGUAUAUGAAAUGAUAAAUUGUGCUCUAGAACAGAGAAACUCAGGAAAAGGAAAUUUUGAUCUAACGGAAAAUUCUGGAUAUAUUUAUUAUCUGUAAACAAUGGAUUUUAUUGGCUUUUUUGAGU